GACUUUCGCCGGCUCUCAUGGCUAUGGGCGUAUUGCUACGAUCAAAAGGACUUUGUAAAGCUCGAAUCUAUAUGUUCUUCUGUGGACUUCAAGAUGUACUACGGAGAUCUUGACCCUCGACUUGGCGGCGACAAAAUUGUCCCUGUACAAGACUACGUGGCUGAGAUGUCGUCGCAAACGGCUCUGGGAGAUUCUCAUCUCAAGACACAGCACUUUCUUGGCUCAGUCAUGUUCGAGCAGGAGGAUGAGGAUACGGUGGUAGGGAAUUGGCAAGUGCAAGGUCUUCACCAGCGAACUUUGGCUGAUGGGACAGUGGCUUUGUGGAACGCUUACAACUAUGUGAAGCAUUACUAUCGCCGUGAUGCGGAGGGUAUAUGGAAACUCGAUGGACUCAAACCAAGUAGACCUUUGUUCAUGGACGGAAGGCCGCAGGACGUCAUUGGACAUUUUUAA